UUCACCAGCGCCCACUGCUGUUUGACUCCCUUCGCGUCCCUUCCACGCCCCCCCUCCCUGCGGAGCCGGGUGGUACGGGCCGGCGCCCUGGGCGGAAGCAGACACGUUUCUGCUUCCCUUGGUGAGGCGGCCAGGGGCAGAAUGGCGGCCCCGGGUUCACACACCCUCUUCAUCUUGGCUCUAACGUUUGUGGCCAGCAUCCGAGCCCUGACACCUACCCAUUAUCUCACAAGGCGUGAUGUGGAGAGACUGAAAGCUUCCUUGGACCGCCCAUUCAAUGAUUUAGAAGCUGCUUUUUACUCCAUCGUAGGACUCAGCAAGCUGGGACUGCAAGUGUCUGAUGAACAAGUUGCCAUUUCAAAUGAGACCGGAGAGCUGCUGCUUGCAGCUGUCAGUGAGGAUUCCUCAGUCAACCAGAUCUUCCACGCCGUCGGAGCCCUGAGUGGCUUUGGGCUUCCUCUAGCAUCCCAGGAAGCACUUAGUGCCCUCACGUCUCGUCUUAGCAAGGAAGAGAAUGUCCUGGCAACCAUUCAGGCAUUACAGACGGCAUCCUACUUGUCCCAGCAGGCAGACCUGAGUGGCAUUGUGGAGGAGAUAGAGGACCUUGUUGCCCGCUUGGAUGACCUAGGUGGGGUAUAUCUGCAGUUUGAAGAAGGACUUGAGACUACUGCAUUAUUUGUUGCUGCUACUUACGGCCUGUCAGACCAUGUGGGUACAGAGCCAGCGAUGAAGGAGGAUCAGAUAAUCCAGUUGAUGAAUGCAAUUUUUAGCAAGAAGAACUUUGAGACAGUCUCUGAGGCCUUCAGCGUGGCUUGUGCUGCAGGCUCUUUAUCCCAGAACCGCUACCACUUGCCUGUCAUCGUUGUCCCUGAUGGGCCAGCAGCCGUGUCUCAUCAUCAACCCAUCCUCAGGCUGCAAGUGACCAAUGUCAUGUCACAGCCACUGACUCAAGCUGCUGUAAAGCUAGACCAUGCCAAGUCUGCUUCUACCAAAGCCACUGUUCUUCACCAGAUGCCGUUUGCCGUUUCAGAAGACAUCUUUGAGCUGAACUUCAUGAAUGCCAAGCCUGCCAGUGGAUAUUAUGAUUUCUCCAUCAGCGUCGAUGGUGACAGUCGAUUAAUUGCAAACAAAGUUGAGUUGAAAGUAAAGGUCUCCACAGAAGUUGGCAUUACAAAUGUGGAUCUUUCUACUGUGGAUAAAGAUCAAAGCAUUGCACCAAAAACCACAAGGGUAGCUUAUCCAGCCAAAGCCAAAGGAUCAUUCACAGCUGACAGCCAUCAGAAUUUUGCCUUGUCCUUCCAGCUGGUGGAUGUGAACAGUGGAGCCGAGCUCAUCCCUCACCAGACAUUUGUCCGUCUUCACAACCCAAAGACUGGGCAGGAGGUGGUGUUUGUCGCAGAACCAGACAGCAAGAAUGUGUACAAGUUUGAACUGGACACUGCUGAGAGAAAGACAGAGUUUGAUUCUGCCUCUGGUACCUACACCCUUUACUUGAUAAUUGGAGAUGCCACUCUGGAAAAUCCAAUCCUGUGGAAUGUGGCUGAUGUUGUUAUCAAAUUCCCGGAGGAAGAGGCUCCAUCCACAGUCCAGUCAAAGAAGCUUUUCAUUCCCAAGCCAGAAAUCCAGCACCUGUUCAGGGAACCUGAGAAGAGGCCUCCUACAGUGGUGUCCAACACAUUCACAGCCUUGAUCCUCUCCCCACUGUUUUUGCUGUUCAUUCUGUGGAUAAAGAUUGGUGCCAACAUCUCCAAUUUCAGCUUCGCUCCCAGCACCAUUAUCUUUCACCUGGGUCAUGCUGCCAUGUUGGGGCUCAUGUAUGUCUAUUGGACUCAACUGAACAUGUUCCAGACUCUGAAGUACCUGGCCAUCUUGGGCAGUGUCACAUUCCUGGCAGGCAACAGAAUGUUGGCCCAGAAAGCAGUAAAGAGGAUUGCUGCAGAACAGAGCAGUAGGUUGGCAAAGUAUAGAACGCUGCGGUAAAAGGGGGUUGCUCUUCCUAGAAGACACAUUAGUACCAGAAGAAUGGAUGAAAUAGGAGGGAAAAAACUCAAAUCUACACAGAAAAGUGGCCAAGAAACAGUCCAAAGGCCAGAAGUUGGAAGGCAGAAAAGAAUUUUUUUUAUGAAGUCAAGAGAAUUGUGGUUAUACUUUUUAUUUUUUUGAAUGUUUUCCCUCACUUGUUUUUAGUGGCUGUUUGAGCAAUUUUGGAAUUAAACCAGCAAAGGCCAUGUCUUUUCUUCCCUCCCUCUUCCCCCCCCCCCCCCCCAAGUGUUUAAAUUCUGACCGUGCAGAUUUUGUAAUUCUGACAUUUUCCCCCCUUGUGGAAUAAAGAGGAUGAUGAGAGGAAA